UGUAUUUAUAUAUUUUAUUAAUUCAAAGGAAACGUGCUUAUGUUUAUAUCAUGAAAUGAAAUGAAGGAGCGGUUAAAUUUGUGAUUUGAUUUAUUAAUUUGUUUAGAAUCGAAGCGGGCGAGAGUAUUUAGCUUUAGUGUGUUCGUUAUAUUUUACUAUCCAAAAUGCCAAGUGAAAUGAUAACCCUCCAGCUUGGCCAGUGUGGCAAUCAAAUCGGCUUCGAGUUCUGGAAGCAACUAUGCGUGGAGCACGGCAUCUCUCCCGACGGGAUCCUGGAGGAGUUCGCCUCGGCGGGGUCGGACCGUAAGGACGUGUUCUUCUACCAGGCUGAUGAUGACCACUACAUACCGCGCGCUGUGCUACUGGACCUCGAGCCCAGGGUCAUACAUACGAUUAUGAACUCACCCUAUGCUAAGCUAUACAAUCCAGAAAAUGUAUACCUCUCAAAACAUGGAGGAGGAGCAGGAAACAACUGGGCAUCCGGCUUCGCUCAGGGAGAGAAGCUCAAUGAAGAAGUCUUCGACAUUAUAAACAGAGAAGCAGAUGGGAGUGAUAAUUUGGAGGGUUUUGUUUUGUGUCACUCAAUAGCUGGUGGCACAGGUUCAGGCAUGGGUUCAUAUAUUCUUGAGCACCUAUCAGACAGAUUCCCAAAGAAAUUAGUACAAACCUACAGUGUCUUCCCUAAUUUAGAUGAAAUAAGCGACGUAGUAGUGCAACCCUACAACUCCUUACUCACACUGAAGCGACUCACGGAGAGCGCGGACUGCGUGAUGGUGCUGGACAACACGGCGCUCAACCGCAUCGCCAGCGACCGCCUGCACAUACAGAACCCCUCCUUCGCGCAGAUCAACACGCUCGUCUCCACCAUCAUGAGCGCUUCCACCGCCACGCUCAGAUACCCUUCGUACAUGAACAACGACCUGAUCAGCCUGGUGGCGCCGCUGAUCCCCACGCCGCGCCUGCACUUCCUCAUGACGGGCUAUACGCCGCUCACCGCCGACCACGAUAUUAAUACCGCACCAAAGAUCCGCAAGACGACAGUCCUGGACGUGAUGCAGCGGCUACUACAGCCCAAGAACAUGAUGGUGUCGCUGAGCCCCGACCGCGCCGCGCAGCACUGCUACAUCUCCAUACUCAACAUUAUACAGGGAGAAGUAGACCCGUCGCAAGUGCACAAAUCCCUCCAGCGCAUCAGGGAGCGUAAGCUGGCGUCGUUCAUCCCGUGGGGCCCGGCGUCCAUCCAGGUGGCGCUGUCGAGGCGGUCGCCCUACGUGCACUCGUCGCACAAGGUGUCGGGGCUGCUGCUGGCUAAUCACACCAAUAUAUCCUCGCUCUUCGACAGAUGUCUCCAGCAGUUCGACAAGCUCCGCAAGCGAGAAGCUUUCCUCGAGGUGUUCCGCAAGGAGCCCAUGUUCAAGGAGUCCCUGGAGGAGUUCGACGAGUCGCGCAGCGUGGUCGACGACCUCGUGCAGGAGUACCAGGCCGCCGCCACGCCUGACUACGUGCAUUGGAACCCAGGAUGGCAGUAACACCUACUCGUCGGUGAAGCUACACUUCUCGGUAUAUUUAGAGCAGUCAAAUAUAGGAUUCUUUGGAUAAAGGAAAUUCGGCAUAUCAUUUGAGAAAGUAGACGAAGGUGGCGUAAAGAUUGCAUUUGUGUCAAGUCAAUAGAGGACAUGCGAAACUCACAGUAUUGUUAAGUUUUAUUUAACUUGUUUUAGAACUAAAUGUGCCAUUUAUGUUCAGUAAUCUCACUUUAUUAACUUGUAUGUUAUAGUGUUUUAAUCUCUUAAGUUACGUUGUCACAAAAACUAAUCUUGCCAUGUAAUUGGUACCAACACUCAAGGAGUGAAUAAAAACAUUUUUACCAAGAA